AUGCACGUUCCAAAGCAAUCAACGUCACCUUCGACUUUGCUUGGUGGUCGAGACUCGGUCUCUUCUCCUAACGCGCUGAUGCGACGACAUGCCGAUAGUCAGCGUCGCCGCGAUACCAACGGUACCAGUCUCAAUGAUUCUCGAGAAAAUCGGAAAAUGCUCAAGUUGGCACUAGCUAAAUCUGUGAUGGAGACGAAGAUGGUGCAGAUGAUGCCAUUGCCUCAAGCAGCCGUAUUUUAUCCAACUAUGGAACAAUUUACUGACCCUAUAAAUAUUGAGCGCGACGCGUCUCGAACUGGUAUUUGCAAGAUAAUUCCUCCGCUUGGAUGGAAUCCUCCAUUUGCUAUAAAUUUUGAGGAUGAUCGUUUGCAUUUUGGCACGAGAAAGCAAAAAAUUCAUAAAUUGCAGGAAGGACAUGCUUAUGGAGAUGGAAGAACGCACACAUUUCGAUCUUUUCGUGCAAAUGCAACGGCGUUUAAAGAUCAUUGGUUCAAAUCAAGAGGAUUAGACCCAAACAAAAUCACGUCGAUUGAAAUUGAGCAGGAAUACUGGCGUGUUAUUCAAACUGGACAACCAAAAAUUGAGGUGGAGUAUGCCAAUGAUCUUGACAUCGCACAGGUCGGCAGUGGGUUCCUACGCUCAACGAAGCGAUUUGCAUCCCAAUCUUCAAAAGGAAAGGAAACAAUUGAUUUUAAGAAUCAGGAAUAUUACAGAAACACAGGGUGGAAUUUAAAUAAUCUCCCAGACGCCUAUGGUUCACUACUUCGACACUUGGGUGCCGCAAUCAAUGGAAUAAAUGUGCCUUGGCUGUAUUGCGGCAUGUUAUUUGCGUCAUUUUGCUGGCAUGUUGAAGACAACUUUAUGUCCAGUAUUAACUAUCAACAUUUAGGCGCGAGUAAGCGGUGGUAUGGAAUUCCUUCCUCGGAUGCCGACAAGUUUGAAGCUGUGAUGAGGGCGCAAUUACCUGAGCGUUUUCGAGCGAAUCCAGAUCUACUCCUUCAUUUGACUACUAUGGUGCCACCGACUGUUUUGAAAGAUCGAGGUGUAAAGGUGUAUACUAUUGUUCAGCAACCCGGAGAGAUCAUUGUGACAUUUCCAAAGGCGUAUCACAGUGGUUUUAGCGAAGGGUUUAAUUGCAAUGAGGCUGUAAACUUUGCCCUACCGAAUUGGAUUGAUUAUGGACGAGAGUGCGUUGAGAUGUACCGCAAGUAUGGACGUUUAUCUAUCUUUUCACAUGACCGGUUCGUAUUUCAUUUUGGAUCGACACAAAAUCUAGCAGAGUACACUGUUGCAGACUGUGAAAUUUUAUUAAAGGAAUUGCGGCGAUUAUUUCACGAAGAACGAGAUUAUAAAAAAUCGUUUUUAACGGAUGGAUUAGUAAAUGUUGACGAGUUUAGUGGUGAUGUCAUGCUGGAUGAGCAGUCGAUGAAAGUAGAUGAUGUUCGACAAUGUUUCCGUUGCAAGCACAAUGUAUUUUUUUCGGGCGUCAUUUGCUCAUGCAAUCCAAAUCGUUUAGCGUGUUUGCGGCAUACAAAAGAUAUGUGCAGUUGUUCAAUGAGAAAGCGGACAUUGCUGCAGUGGGUGAGUACUGCUGAAUUGAGAUAUGCGAUUCGACGUGUACAAAUGAAGAUGCGUGCUUUAAAAAAUCAAAGUUGUCAGCAAGAUGUGAGUCUGACUCAAGCCGAUCACACUUCCAAACCCCAUACAAAUGGCAUAGUGACGGCAAGUAGCGAAGGCAAUUACAUUUUAAAAAAACGAAGCGGGAGUCGCGUUAGAGCGUAA